GAAGAUUUAACCUUGUACUGAUGUAUUCUCCUUGGUUUCGUUGGAUCUUGGUUUGGUCCCAUGCAUGGCAUUCUUGUUGUUGCCUUCUACCAGUGAGGUUGGUGGGAUGCAGUCUUCCUGUCCAUAUUGGAUCAAGUAUUGGUAGAUGGGAAGCAGAACCGAUUUAAUCCAAUGUAAUUCUCGGUUGAAUGAGCUCUUCCGGUACUUAUCAGAUUGGGUCUAGGAAGUAUGUGCAGACCUGAUUUAAUCCAAUAUCAUCAGCACCUAUGUAUCUUGAGCGGCUGUUCUUCCAAUUUUGUAUAUGAACUAAUAGAAGAUGAGGAAGAACAAAAACGAGAUUGUGCUUAUAAUUCUCAGCCACGGUCCUGUUGAAUUGUUUCAGACAUACCACAUGAAGUUGUUGCUACGGUCAUAGUGGGCUACCUAUUUUUCUGACCCUUUGGUCAAAGUAUUUUUAGCUUCCGUUUCCUUUUUCAAACUAACUAUUUUGGUUUAAGUAUGGUGGUGCUUUUGCUUUGUUUAUUCAGAAAUUGAUGGUCACUCAUAUAUCAAUUCAAAUUGGAAAUAGUUUUUCUUUGACCUAGACUAAUGGAUUCGAAAAGUGGAACGGAAACUCCUCAGGAAUCUGGUGUGGAAUCCUUCUUCAACUCAGCUCCACCUCUCAAAGAUCGUGAUCAAAUUUCUCAGAAGUUAGAAGACUUCAUCACUAAGAUUUCUAUAUCAUCAGAAAGUGGGAAACCUAUUAGGGUUGUUUGUGUGACUUCUGGGGGAACAACUGUUCCUUUGGAGCAGCGAUGUGUCCGUUACAUUGAUAAUUUCAGUUCGGGUAACAGGGGAGCUGCAUCUACAGAGUACUUUGUGAAGGCUGGAUAUGCAGUUAUCUUUGUCCAUCGUCGGGGAAGCUGCCAACCAUACUGCAGAUAUCUUCCACAGGAUUCAUUUCUUGAUUUUUUUGAUAUAGCAGAGAACUCAACUAUCAAAGUGUGUGAGCCACAUGGUACGGUGGUCAAGGGAGCAAUUAGGGACUAUCGAAAGGCAGUUGAAGAAGGCUUCUUGCUGAAACUUCCAUUCACCACAAUUUUUGAAUAUCUUCAGAUUUUACAGAUGGUGGCUACAUCAAUGAGAUGUCUUAAGUCACAUGGGAUGUUCUAUCUUGCUGCUGCAGUAUCGGACUUCUAUGUUCCUUGGGAAAACAUGGCAAAACAUAAGAUCCAAUCUGCAGAAGGUCCUCUGGAUAUGCGACUCAACCAGGUGCCUAAAAUGCUUUUGGUGCUGCGAAAAGACUGGGCUCCUGCAGCAUUUUGCAUUUCAUUCAAGUUGGAGACAGAUCCAGAUAUUCUGCUUCAGAAAGCUGACAUGGCAAUGCGGAAGUAUGGCAUGCACGUUGUUGUAGCAAAUGAACUGGCGACUUACAAAAGGGAAGUCUCCGUCGUUACAAGUGGAGAAAAAACUAGAGUUUGUAGUCACGGACAGGAUCAUGACUUGGAGGAGGAACUCAUCGAUAUCCUCGUGGCGAGGCAUACUGAGCACAUCAAGAAGUCCUCUCGAAUAGAUGUAAACGAAGCCCUGUAACAUAUCAUUUAGUGAUUACAAGGUGUCCAUUGAGACCUUGUUAAGAUCAAUGCUCACAGAUCAGCAAGACAGCUUUUUGAAUGAGUGCCCUUUUUUAUCUAACAAAGGCCCAAUUUAAUCCUCUUGAUCAUUCUGUGAUUUGUAACUUGUGUGAGUGCUUUGUUGAAGAACAUGUUGUGGAGCAGUAUUUGCUAAUGACAGGAAGAGUUCUCUUUUGACAUGAGAUUCCUUUCUCUUCAAGCCAUAUGUUAGAUCUCCAAAUUUGUAAACCUAUGACAAUCUACAUUUUAAUAAAUAAGCAACUCCCUUGCCCUUUU